UUGUUAGUUAGGAAUGUUGGGAUAUUUUUCCUAAUUACCAUAGAAUUAUAAAAUGUACACAGAUUAAUCCUAUAAUAUACCCCAUUGAUAAAAAUACCAAAUUUAUCAUUCUAGGCCUAAUAGUUUAUUUUAUAUGAAUUUUUAAAGUUAUGCAUCUAUGUGCUAAGUUUUAUCUUUAUAUCAUCAAUAACUACAUAGAUAUGCAGUAUGAAAAGUGACUUGUGGCAAUCAUUGUAGAACUGCACCACAUGCCUUAAUUGGUAAUUAAGCUCUGCUUAAGGAACUACAUGCAUCUGAUAAUGCUGAUAUCCAUAGUAAGACAGCAAUAACUUUAUGCAGAUCUUGUAGCCAAACUGAAUGACUGCAGUAUUUAAAAAUAUAAAUUUUUGUGCAAUAAUUCAUCAAUCUAAAGCUAUGGAAAACACAAACAACACUAAUGGUAUAGUUUGGGAGAGUUUAGUUAUGGCUAAACAGGAAUUGUGUGACGAAAUCAUUACAUUUAUGGACAUGAAAUCAGAUGAAACAUCAGCUAUUUCAAGUUCAGAAGAAGUACAAACAAAUAUAUCAACACUCUUUUCAAAUUCUGAAGAUAUAAAGCAAAAUGUAUCAACACAAUUUUCAACUGUUAAAGACAAAUACUCGGAGGAAACAAUGCAACUUUUAGCUUUAGAAGAUAAAAAUAUUUAUAAAACAAAGCCUUUGUUUAAUUUAGAAGAGAUGAAACAAGAUAACCCAACAUUUUCAUCUUCUGAAGACAUGAAACCAAAUCUAUCAACAGCAUUUUCAAUUUUUGAAGAUAUAAAACCUGAGAUAUUAACAAUUUCAUCUUUGGAGAGUGAAAAACAAAAUGGUUUCAAAGCACAGCAACAACUUUCUUCCCCACCAGAUUCAACUGAUUUUAAAGAAAAUUUAGCAGUUUUAAAAUCAGAUCUUCAAAAUGAAUUAAAAGAACUCAAGUCAUUGCAUACAAAAUUGAUUGAUAAUCUCCCAACAGAAUAUCUGGUUAGCAAUAAGGGACUGAAGACAUACAAGUGUGAUAUGUGUUGUCAAAGAUUUUCCCAUUUUGAUCUUGUUAAACAACACAUAAACAUUCACACAAGGGUGAAUCCAUAUGGUCAUGAUUUUCAUCAGCAAGAAGUUGUUAUGAUCAGUCAGGGUGAACAGAUUAACAAAAUGAACCUAGAACAGGUAUACAAUAAGUCUAGUUUGUCUAAAAAGCUCACUACAAAGUCUAGUUUAUCCACACACACAAAUAUUCAUUCUGGAAUUAAUAAGCCAUAUGAAUGCUAUGCGUGUCAUAAAAAAUAUCAUAAUAAAAAUUAUUUAGCAAACCAUAUAAAGAUACAUUUAGGAGAAAGUCCAUAUGAAUGUGGUGUAUGUCAUAAAAAGUUUGCAAAGAAGAGUAAUUUAUCUAGCCAUAAAAUAGCUAUCCAUUCUAGUCUCAAGCCACAUAAAUGUGGUGUUUGUCAUAAAAGUUUUGCUCUAAAAUAUGCAUUAUCUAUACAUAAAAAUAUUCAUUUACCAGAGAGACCAUAUGAAUGUGAUGUGUGUCACAAAAAAUUUAAUUACAAAGGUAGUUUAUCUAAACAUAAAAAUAUUCAUUUACCAGACAGACCAUAUUAUGAAUGUGAUGUGUGUCACAAAAAAUUUAGUCAUAAACGUAAUUUAUCUACACAUAAAAAUAUUCAUUUACCAGAGAGACCAUAUGAAUGUGAUGUGUGUCACAAAAAUUUUAAUCAUAAAGCUCAUUUAUCUAGACAUAAAAAUAUUCAUAAACCAGAUAGACCAUAUGAAUGUGAUGUGUGUCACAAAAAAUUUAGUCAGAAAGGACAUUUAUCAGAACAUAAAAAUAUUCAUUUACCAGAUAGACCAUAUGAAUGUGAUGUGUGUCACAAACAAUUUAAUCAUAAACGUUAUUUAUCAGAACAUACAAAUAUACAUUUACCAGAGAGACCAUAUGAAUGUGAGGUGUGUCACAAAAUUUUUUAUCAUCAAGGUCAUUUAUCAAAACAUAAAAAUAUUCAUUUACCAGAGAGACCAUAUGAAUGUGAUGUGUGUCACAAAAAAUUUUAUCAUAAAGAUUAUUUAUCAAAACAUAAAAAUAUUCAUUUACCAGACAGACCAUAUGAAUGUGAUGUGUGUCAUAAAAAAUUUUAUCAUAAAAGUGACUUAUCAAAUCAUAAAAAUAUUCAUUUACCAGAGAGACCUUAUGAAUGUGAGGUGUGUCACAAAAAAUUUAAUCAUAAAGGUUCUUUAUCUACACAUAAAAAUAUACAUUUACCAGAGAGACCAUAUGAAUGUGAUGUGUGUCACAAAAAAUUUAAUUACAAAGGUAGUUUAUCUAAACAUAAAAAUAUUCAUUUACCAGACAGACCAUAUUAUGAAUGUGAUGUGUGUCACAAAAAAUUUAAUUCUAAACGUGAUUUAUCAAAACAUAAAAAUAUUCAUUUACCAGACAGACCAUAUGAAUGUGAUGUGUGUCAUAAAAAAUUUUAUCAUAAAAGUGACUUAUCAAAUCAUAAAAAUAUUCAUUUACCAGAGAGACCAUAUGAAUGUGAUGUGUGUCAUAAAAAAUUUAGUCUAAAAAGUUCUUUAUCUACACAUAAAAAUAUACAUUUACCAGAGAGACUAUAUGAAUGUGAUGUGUGUCAUAAAAAAUUUAAUUAUAAAGUUAGUUUAUCAAUUCAUAUGAAUUUUCAUUUACAAGAGAGACCAUAUAAAUGUGAUGUGUGUCACAAAAAAUUUAAUCAUAAAAGUGAUUUAUCAAAACAUAAAAAUAUUCAUUUACCAGAGAGACCAUAUGAAUGUGAUGUGUGUCACAAAAAAUUUAAUUACAAAGGUAGUUUAUCUGAACAUAAAAAUAUUCAUCUACCAGACAGACCAUAUUAUGAAUGUGAUGUGUGUCACAAAAAAUUUAGUCAUAAACGUAAUUUAUCUACACAUAAAAAUAUUCAUUUACCAGAGAGACCAUAUGAAUGUGAUGUGUGUCACAAAAAUUUUAAUCAUAAAGCUCAUUUAUCUAGACAUAAAAAUAUUCAUAAACCAGAUAGACCAUAUGAAUGUGAUGUGUCACAAAAAAUUUAGUCAGAAAGGACAUUUAUCAGAACAUAAA